AUGUACUUCCAGUCUUUCGCCAUUCUGUCGCUCGCCGCAUUCUCCGUCGCUGCACCUACACCCAACAAGCGCGCUGUGGUCGCCCGCCAAAGCGGACCAGUUCUUGCCGACACAACUUACAAUGACAUCUCCAUCGCGGGCGGACAGGCUGGAAAUGCGCAAGCCGAGGCUGCUGCAGUCUUCUCAGCGCUGGACCUACAGAACCCUGAAAACAUCGACCCCGCAGACCUUACCUUCUUGAAUGAAGUUAAUCAAGUCGCAAACGAUGCGGAGAAGGAGGCUUUCAACCCAGCAGUGGAGGCUGCUACCGGCGAUGAAGCCGAUCAGAUCCAGAACGGAAAGAUCAAGAACAAGGUCUUGAAGCUCAUGGCCACUGUCAUCAAGCUUCAAGCUCAACAAGCCCAAGGCGACGAUUCCGUCGCCGACAAACUUGCGGAGGAGAUGACGAAGCUCAACAACAACAUUAAGCAAGAUACAGCCGCUGCCGGCCAGGUCUCUAUUGCCGAGCCUUUUGACGCUACCAUCUCUGGCGGAGGUAACUGA